AUGGCAAAGGAUGUGCGCAAUUCUGGACAGCAGCCUCUAGAACAUGGGCCUGCCCUCGAGCGCAACAGCAAUCUUGAGAAAUCCAAGCUGGCUUCGGAACAGCCAGCUCCCCAUCUCCCGAAUGGACUGAAGGUCACCAAGCACACCGAGGAACCUCUUCGCAAUGGCACAUUAGACGCAUCGGCUGGUGCAUCGCAAGCUCUAGGAAAUUCUACUGCAGAAGAUGAUUUGACUAGGAAGGUGUUGGGGGACAGUCUGCGAACAUUACCCCCAUGGAUACGCUCUCUUGAGUAUGCGCACGAUGACGCAGAAGCAUCCGCUUCAGCUCGACUACUCCCCCCGCAACCCGAUGACGCUUUGGUCGCUCAACACAAUCACUCUCCUUACACAGCCUCCCGGGCGAACUAUAGCUAUGUCGGUCGAAGACUAAGCUUCGACGAAGAAACUGGGGUAGAUCCACGUCGCGAAUCCCGAUGGAGGCCCUUCUCCAAGGCAAUCGCCUAUCCCCUCGAACCCGGACUCGAGGAAAAACAAGUUACGGCGGAAUGGUUGAAUGAGAAUCACGGCAACUACUUACAGCCAUGGCGAGGACGGCUGGAGCCAAGCGAAGAUACUGAGGAUCCGCUGAAAAUGAAGCGGCGCAGGGAGAUUUGGAUCAAGCGCUUCCACACCACUUUAUUGAAGAGUCCUAUGGUUCCCUUACUAUUCCGGCUGACAGUCUGGGUCUUCUCCCUCACUGCUCUUGCCCUGGGAGGAUCUAUUCAGCAUCUGUCAGACAGAUACGAUCAGCCCCAAGGCCCGUCCGCACUGAUGGCAAUCAUCGUGGACGCUGUCGCCUUGGUCUACCUAGUCUACAUCACGUGGGAUGAAUACACAGCCAAGCCCCUCGGGUUACGCUCGCCAUCAGCGAAGGCGCGGUUGAUUCUCCUGGACAUAUUCUUCAUAGUGUUCGACUCGGCCAAUCUGAGUAUCGCAUUCGAAUCCUUGUCUACGGUCAAAGGCGCCUGCACGAGCGCGGAGAUUAAUCAGGAGAUCUCCGAGAAGAACGAUGCGAUCUGCAAUCGGCAAAUAGCUCUUGCCAGUGUUCUGCUCAUUGCUCUAUUAGCUUGGCUUACCACAUUCGUUAUAAGUGUUCUCAGACUCGUAGAACGAGUUGCCCAAUGA